CCCCCCCGUCUCGCCAGAUCUCAUCCCCGCCCGGCACUCUGCCUUUCAUCCAUCCUCCGUCGAUCCUCCGUCGAUCCUCCAUCUGCCUCCCGCAGCCUCCUCAUCGCUUUCCAACACAGUCUCUCGCACACAAUGGCCAACAUCCCCGAGCAGUUCCAGGUCUACCUCAAGAAGUUCGAUAACGAGCUCUCCAAGAUCCCCCUCGCCGUCGAGGCCGAAAAGACCCUCAAGGUCCCCAAGACCUACCUGGCUGGUGGCGCCAUCGUCGUUUUCUUUGUCCUCGUCUUCUUCAACGUCUGGGGCGAGCUCCUCACCGACCUGCUGGGCUUCCUGUACCCCGCCUAUGCCUCGUUCAAGGCCCUCGAGUCUCCUGGCAAGUCGGACGACAAGCAGUGGCUGACUUACUGGAUCGUCUUUGGUCUCGUCAACACCGUCGAGUUCUUCACCGACUACAUCCUGUACUGGCUCCCCUUCUACUUCUUCUUCAAGGCCUUCCUGGUCAUUUACCUGAUCGCCCCCCACUUCCGCGGUGCUGAGGUUCUGUACGUCAAGUUCAUCAAGCCUGUUCUCCUGAAGGAGCAGAGCGCCAUUGACGGUGCCAUUUCCAAGGCCCAGACCAAGAUCGAGGAGACCGCCGCCAAGGUCGCCGUCGCCUCCGAGAACCUCAAGCAGGAUUAAAGAGCAUGUCUGUCUUGUCUACUCCGGCUCCCUCCAACCUCCCGGAGAAGGCUGUCUAUAUUUUUGACCGAGCUUUCGUGUAUCUUGUUUCGUUGUCCUUGUGACUCUGGACUCUGCUCCUGGCCUCAUGGUGCUGGUGUGAUCUGAAUGGACGUCAGAUGCCUCCUCCUCCGGAUCUCUGUAUCCAGUUCCUUCGUCCCGUGGUCGUCCAAAUGAAUCCCAUGUCCAACCGAAUUCGUCUCUCGGGCGGGUGGUGGUGGCGCUUUGCCUGCCAUGCCCGCUCCGUCCUCCUUUGAUUUUGUGUUCCUCACGCCCAGGCAUCUCUCCAUCGUUCCCAACGUCUUUUGUCCUUUUUCUCUUCUCCCUUUCUUUGUUUCGUAUUGGUCUGCAAUGCUCCUCUUGCCGCCGCGGCCCCGAACGUGAACGGCAAAAAUACAUCGCUUCCAAGACACGAACCAGUGUGUCGAC